AUGGAUUAUACUGUUUUGUUCUUGGUGAUAUUGUUGCAAUUGUCAACAAUUUUUGGGUCUGGAGAUGUUUUACUGACAAAGGAUUGUGGCAAUGAUUCGGUUUCGGUAGCGAAUUCGAUUUCUAGUCAUGGGGAGGAAUUGUUUUACAUAAAUGGGAAUGUUGUGAGCAAAGUUGGUUUCUGUAAAGCUCUGAAAUUGUAUAUUGUAAACGGUUGUGAUGUGAAUGACUACUUUGAAAGCAAUCACUGUGUUCUUGAUUUGGAUUUGGAUGUCUCUUUUGUGAAUUUGCCAUCAAAGGGAGGAAGGAAACUUUUGCAGAAAGAUUUGAACAAUAACUCCACAUCACAAGGAGAUUCUAAGCAUGUGUCAAGCAACCAUGUUGGAAUUUUUGCAGGUGGAGCUUUGUUGGUAUGUUGUGCUAUUGUUUGUCCUUGUUUCUAUGGGAAGAGAAGGAAGACAACUGCUCAUGCUGUUCUAGAAAAGGACUCAAAUUCAAGACAUGCUAUGAAUUCAGAAGAGAGGAAGGUGGAUUUAGCUUCCUCCUUUGAACCAUCUGUUUCUGAUAAGAUCCCGUCUAGUCCACUUCGGGUGCCACAAAGUCCAUCAAGAUUCUCAAUGUCUCCGAAACUCAGUAGACUUCAAUCAUUACAUCUCAACCUGAGUCAGGUUUCUAAAGCCACCCGUAAUUUCUCAGAAACAUUACAAAUAGGAGAAGGAGGUUUUGGAACUGUCUACAAGGCUAAUUUAGAUGAUGGCCUGGUUGUGGCUGUAAAACGUGCAAAAAGGGAACAUUUUGAGAGUUUGAGAACAGAAUUCAGCAGUGAAGUCGAACUUCUGGCCAAAAUUGAUCAUCGAAACCUGGUGAAACUACUUGGUUAUAUUGACAAAGGAAACGAACGUAUCCUUAUUACAGAGUUUGUGCCAAAUGGCACUCUUCGAGAACAUUUGGAUGGUUUGUUUGGAAAAAUCCUGGAUUUUAAUCAGCGGCUUGAAAUUGCAAUUGAUGUUGCUCAUGGAUUGACGUAUUUGCAUCUGUAUGCCGAAAAACAAAUCAUCCAUCGAGAUGUGAAAUCAUCCAACAUUCUUCUGACUGAAAGGAUGCGAGCUAAAGUCGCUGAUUUUGGAUUUGCAAAGCUUGGUCCUGUAAGCAAUGACCAUACACACAUUUCUACAAAAGUGAAGGGAACAGUUGGUUAUUUGGACCCUGAGUAUAUGAAAACCUACCAUCUCACUCCCAAAAGUGAUGUUUACUCGUUCGGAAUUUUGCUUUUAGAAAUUCUGACUGGCCGCCGUCCUGUGGAAAUGAAAAAAACUCCUGAAGAGCGAGUUACAUUAAGAUGGGCCUUCAAGAAAUAUAAUGAAGGAAAUAUGGUGGAACUGCUUGACCCUUUAAUGCAAGAAGCUGUAAAAACAGACGUUGUCAUGAAGAUGAUAGAUUUGGCAUUUAGCUGUGCAGCACCAGUAAGAUCAGAUAGACCUGACAUGAAAGCUGUUUGUGAACAAUUAUGGGCAAUAAGAGCAGAUUACCUCAAGAGCAGUAGUGAAACUGCAAGGAGAGAAUGA